UGUGCAGUAUUCAGGACCUCGAGAUUCAAACUCCCAGCAAGCGGCCUGCUGAUGGCCGGGCAGGCGUGGGUGUGGAUGCUGCCGUAGUCUGAGGCCGCGGACACCUGGCAGACAGCUCCUCCAUGCCGAGGGGCCGGCCGACAGGAAGCACUCUGAGAGGAUUUCUGUGCCUCAUCUGUCUGGAUAUCUUUGCCGCCAUGCGGACUCACGGACGACCGGGCUGCGGGUUCGAGACCACCCAACUGGUGGGAGAGCUGAUACAGCGAGUGCAGGAAAUGGAGGCGUUUGACAGCAGACUGUACACCCCCACGCUGGACGACUAUGAGAAUUGUCCCAGGUCCACCCUCUCCUGUUUCGCUAAAGAAGCCUACGUUCUCAACUUGGAGUGGCCCACCAACGCUCCCUUACUCCAACCAGCCAACAGGACUACGCCACGCAGAGUAGCCGGUAGGACAGCGGCUCACGGACUGCGAGCUCCAGACCAAGGAGCGAGCCUGGCCAGGAGGCUAGGAGGCCUGGGACAGCAGCUGCAACAGACAGACAGAGGGCGGUGUGAGCAAUGCGAGGCCCAUGCUGAAGAAGAGGUGAAGGUGUUUCUGGGGAGGUUGUAUGAAGUCCUACAGAGGAUCAACUCAGAGAUCUGUUCCUCUUCCGCCAAUUCUCGCAGCUGAGACGUCUUUUCCACCUUCCCAUAACUACCACGCCGUGACUUCAGACCACAGACUGUCUAAGAGAUGGACGUAGCACCUGUGACAUCACUCAUCGGUUUCUGGAGUGGCAUUUUAAAGCCGGAAAUUUGGCUUUAUGCUUGGCACCAUCUUGUCAGUUGUUGGAGCCAGGAAAUCCAAAUUUGGGCAGUAGUGCAGCAACCAGGACACAUACCCACAUCCGGCUUCCCACCCGCAGACAUGGCCAAUUGUGUCUGUCUGUAGGAACGCCCGACCAAGCCGGAGGUAACACGGGGAUUCGAACCAGCGAUCCCCAUGUUGGCUGGCCACGGAAUGGACCGCUACACUAUCCAGUUGGUUUCAACUUCUUGCCCCAAUGGUUGCUGCUUGGUUCAAACCCACCCGACCUGUUGGAGGGAACUUCGAGCAAAACCAAUGCAAGGAGCCGCUGACGCCCUGUAACGUAUGCCCGGGAAACGCACUGCGGAGUUUCAGGCAUAAUGUGAAGUUUGACAUGAUGUAAAAUGAAAAAAAAUGUUCUCGCCCAAAGAAAGAGGUAUUCACUGACUGCCUGAAUCUCGUCAAUGCAGCUCAGCCUAUGGCAGCUGGUGCUAAAGAUUUUUUUUGGGGGGGGGCGCAAUUUACCUUGGUGCAGCUCACCUGACAGCUGCUUUAAUGUCCACACAGUCACCGAGUUAUUAAGAAGGACAAUGUGGCCUAUAGAUUUUAAGGGAUGGUUCGGCCGGCGCCCCUCACCCAGGAAGUGUAUGUAUUCAGACAGGAACCAACCAAACACCAUUGGAACCAAUAUUUAAUGGCUGCUGACAGGUGCUCACAGACUCAUUAUUUGCAUUAUACUACUACAUUAUGUUGAACAUGUUUAAGUAGAUUUUCAUCUCUUGAUGUUUGAAGGGGGCGGCGCCCCGGCGCCCUCUACUGGCCAGCCGCUACUGGCUGUCUGAGAAAAAUAAUCUGCCCCCUGACAGGUUGCUCAUCACUCGGAGUAUCAAUCAAAGGUCCAUCAAAUCUAAUGAAUACAAGGAGCAUCUAUCACCCAGCCAUAAACUCGCCUGCUGACAUUAUACAUGAAAGGUGUUGGUCUGUGUGUACCUGUGGGCCUACCAGACACACAGAAAGCUAUGGUGUGUCUUCAUAUUUCCAUAUAGCAACAAACCUGAGUGGAUCCAGCGUUUUAUCUGAAGCACCAGAAUGAAAUGUCAUGAUUUGAAGGAUUAUUUUUUAGGGAAAACACAAACAGAAACUGUUAUUUUUCAAUUUUACACUGAUGCAAUAGUCAGAAAUCAGCUAGUUUAAAUGGGCGAGAACGCAACGAUUUGAUUGGUCGCAGUCUGAACGCACAAAAAAUGAGCUCUGUGAGCUUCAACCACAAUUACUUUAUAAUGAAAGACUAUAUGCUCUAUAUAAUGUAAUAACAAGAUGCUAUAAGAUUAGAUUAGAUCAGAGUAGAUUAGAUAAAAUUAGAUUAAAUAAAAUUAGAUUAGAUAAAAUUAGAUUAGAUUUAGUAAAAUUAGAUUAGAUUAGGUUAGAUUAGAUUGUUUUAUUAGCCAUUUUCUUCAUGACCAAGGCCGGUGAAAUUUGUUUUCAGUACACAUUAAACUCUGCAGCACAAUACAUCCACGUGCAACUGCAGAAACUCCACAUAUUAUCACAGACAAUACAGUUACACAAUGACAGAAACAUAUUACACACAACAAUCAUGUAAUUGGAUGACUAUGUAUGUCUGUGAAAGUACACCUCUGUUGUUUAUCCAGUAUAUUACACAUCUGGGGUUUUGUUUUGUCUGGAAACGUACUCUCGCGAUUACAUAUAUCAUAUUAUUUCUCAUACUUUGCUUAUUUGUCAUCAAUAUUUGUCGUAUUGCUUAUUGGUCACAAAUGUUGGUAUGUUUGGCAGAUAUUGCAUAUGGAUCUGUGGUAGGAAAGGUAACGGUGACCUGCUGAACUCAAAGCAUGAUGUUCAGGUUUACCAAAAGCCAGCUAAUCCUGGUCUUGGUGGAAUAGAGGUUUUUACAGCCCAAACACAAUUGCAUCAGCUUCCGUUCAUCAGGAUCAGGAUCAGAACACUUUAAUCAUCCCGAGGGGAAAUAACUAAACACGAACAAGAUACAAGAUAAGAGAAUAGAAACAAAUAGAAACAAGAAAAACAGAAACAAAUA